GGCCUAGGAGUGCCUUUCAAUCUGGCAAGCUAUGGCCUCCUCACACACAUGAUUGCGCAUGUUUGUGGUCUUAAGACUGGGUAUCUGCAUCAUUCGUUGGGUGAUGCGCAUGUCUACGUAAAUCAUGUUGAUGCGCUGCAAGAGCAACUGAAACGUGUGCCACGACCGUUUCCCACUGUUCGAUUUGUUGGCGAUAUCAAAACAAUCGAUGAUUUUACGGCCGAAUCAAUCGUGCUGGAGAAUUAUAAGCCGAUGUCUACAAUCAAAAUGGAAAUGGCUGUUUGA